UCGCUGCGAACACGAUGUGGACGAAUGUGCGGGUCAUAAGUGUCCCAAUGGAAUGCAGUGCUUAGACAAGCUGCGUGGAUAUGAGUGCAGAUGUUCCGACCCUCAAGGCACAUGCGGAAGCUUCGCUCGAGGCUGUCAUCCAAAUCCAUGCGUGUCUGCUGACUCUGUGUGCCAAGAAACGGAUGAAUUGGGCAGCUUCCACUGUGAGUGCCCCCGUGGCUACCAGGGCUCGCGAUGCGCAGAAGACGUGGACGAGUGUGCAGCUCACAUCUGCGAACAUGACGGCCUCUGUCGCAACAAGCCGGGAAAGUUUGAGUGCUACUGUCGACCCGGAUACACAGGAACACGCUGCCACAUUGAGGUGAAUGAGUGCCUCUCACAGCCCUGCCUCAAUGGAGCGACCUGUGUGGACGGGGUGAACGAGUACAAGUGCAUCUGCCCUGGUGGCUAUCUGGGUGACCACUGCGAGAUAGACUUUAACGAGUGUGCCUCCAGUCCCUGCAUGCACGGGGUACCUGCCUGGACCAGUGUUGCUGAAGCGAAUGUGUCAUCCAUCUAUUAUCACUGUCGUGAGCUGAUGGGGUUUGCCUGGCUCUCGGUCAAUGGAUUUCGUUGCAACUGUCCUGCGGGCUACGAGGGUACCGCUGUGAACAUUGAUAUUGACGAGUGCCAAUCGGGACCAUGCCUCAACGGAGCAGGUUGCCUGGAUCUUGUCAUGGGAAGGAAUGACCAGGAACUAGUCCGUUUUGAGGAACGCCCACCGAUCCAUGAGGACGGUGGUGGAACUGUACGGUAUGAGUGCAACUGCACUGACACGGGCUUUGAAGGGGCACACUGUGAGCGGAACAUUGAUGACUGCUACCGGGCCUGCCAGCAUGGCGGCACGUGCGAAGACCGUGUGCGUGGUUUCCAUUGCCACUGCCAUGAGGCCUAUGAGGGCAGUUCCUGUGAAAUUGACAUACCGGACUGUGACCCCCCAAGGCCGUCGACGCCACCCUGCGAGAACGGGGCUGCCUGUCUCGAGCGCUCCAAUACGAGUCUCUGAGAAAACUAUCUGGGGCUCUUCCCGAGCUUCAGCUAUGCUACGGCUGCCGGAUACGUGUGCCUCUGCCCACCCGGAUUCAAUGGGACGAGAUGCGAAAACAACAUCGAUGACUGUCCGGGCCACAACUGCAGCGUCUAUGGCCACUGUGUCGACCUGGUGAAUGCAUAUCGCUGCGAGUGUCAGGCCGGUUAUGAAGGCGUGGACUGUGCAACUGAGGUGAAUGAAUGCGAGGCGUACCAACCGUGCCGCAAUGGUGCCACCUGCCAUGACAAGGUUGCCGACUAUGAAUGCACAUGUGCUGAUGGGUAUGGUGACAAGAACUGCUCAACACUUCUGCUUGGCUGCCGAAAAGCACCGUGUCUGAAUGAUGCCCGCUGUGAGCCACUAUUGACAGAUGACAGGCAGCACUCGUACCGCUGCCAUUGCCUGCCGGGAUUUGCUGGCAACACCUGCCAGACAGUUACAACUGCGUCACUGAACAAUGAAUCUACCUGGGACCUCAAUGUUGAGCGACAGCGUGAAGGGCCACUGGACCAUCACAAGUUGAGGAUGCAAUUCCGAACAACCCUUCCAGCGGGCCUGUUAGCACGCGUGGCCAUGGACAAAAGUCGCGUGCUGUUGGUUACCCUGUCGGAAGGCCACAUACUUGUAAAGUCUGCAGAUGACUCGUUGUCUGUCACUGUCGGCAAAGGGCUGAACAAUGCUGAAUGGAAUGAAUUGAAUCUGGAAAUGUCAUUGGGAUCGAUAUUCUUGUCCCUGACCGAAGGCCCUAAUGCAACAGCUUCGUUGCCCGGCUAUGAUCCAGCGACGCCACUGGUUUCAGUUGUCCUUGGAAGUGGACAGUCUCACCGAGAUACCUUGAACGGCAUUGCAAGUUUGCAGAAACAGAGCAGAAGCAGCUUCGUGGGAUGCUUAAGAGAAGUGUGGCUUGAUGGAGCGUUGCAGUUGCCACGGGACCAGGUUGGGAUGUCUGAAGGUUGUCCACGUGAGGAGCAGUGCGUUGUAGACACAUGCAGUGGCCAGGGCAACUGUGUGGAUCUCUGGAACCAGCAUGAGUGCCACUGCCGGCGACCCUACUAUGGCGAGCGAUGCGACAACAACUACCCAGCAGCCACCUUUGGUCAUCACAACAGUUUGAGCUUCACCAGGCUGCGGGUGAAGCCUGAACACUGGGGCAGCCUUGGCUUGGGAGUUGAGGCCACGCUGUUUGUGCGCACCCGGAGCCCGUCUGGCCUGCUCUUCUACAUUGGUGCAGACCCCUCGGCUGCACACUCUUCAUCCGGAGACGAGAGUUUCUUGGCUGCCCGACUACGCGAUGGGCAGCUUCAAGUGCUCCUGCUGAGCAGUGGCGCUGGAGCCACUUACGUACCUAAGGUUCUGCAUCCAUCCAAGUUGCGACUGGAUGACGGCAAGCUUCACUUCGUUCAGGUGUGGCUGAACGAAUCGUGGCUCGGAGCAGCAGUGGAUGGUCAGGAGAGCUUGGCACCCCCAAUGAGUGGCAAUGCCAUUGCCCCCCAUAUUAUCUACCUUGGGUGGCUGCAGCCUCAGAGUCAGCCACCGCUCAGGCGCCGGCGCCGGCAGGUCGGAAGCUCUUCGUGGUUAGCAGAGCUCACUGAUUCCCUUGGCAACGUCGACGCAUUCAAGGGAGUGCUGCAAGACUUUAGGCAACGAGUGCACGUACUCUGGCUGCUGCUCUUCCUCCGGGGUCUCCAACGGAAGUCGACUGAGGGCGUCAGGACCCGGCUUGUACUCGAUCUUGAAGCUCCCAGUAGCAGUGCCCAACGCUGGAUCCGGGCAGCGGCCAUGAGAGGUGUCGGGCGGUCUUCUCGGAAAAGACCCACCAACGGCUUGUGA